CCAACCGACAAUAUUAAACGCAGAUAUUCACAGACGAACUUGCAACCUGCACUUUCGCAUCCACCAAAGCGUGAGAGCGAGCCUAUACUAGGUGAACCUGUCUCUAUACCAUUCAACGCACUACUUUCUCCAAUUACGACAGUGAGCUUGCUAGCCUGUAUAAAAGCAGCUUUUGGGCCUGAUCCAUCAUGUCUUGGUAUAAUCAUUAUCACAGAUCUACCUCCACAAUUUGCAGCAUUACGUACAGAGUUACUUGAGUUUUCAAACAAGUUUGCGAGAAUGAGUGAGGAUAGAAAGGAGAAAUAUGCCGACGAAGAGAGCUCGUAUAGCUUUGGUUGGUCGAGAGCUAAAGAAUACAUGAAUGGUAUGCCAGACACUCUCAAAGGUAGUUACUACGGUAAUCCACUACUCGAUCGCCCAAAUGUUGAUCCUGAGAUAAGAAGGAAGCACCCAGAGUACUAUAAGGGUAACAUAUGGCCAGACGAAGAGGACGAUGAAGAAGUACGAGGUUUUCAAGAAGCAUUCAAAAGACUGGGCACAUUUGUAAUUGAAGUUGGCUUGUUAUUAACAAGAGCCUGCGAGUCUUUCGUAUCACCUCAGCUGCAAAUCCAAACAAACAAAACCGACAUUUUGGAAGGUAUGCUAGCACGAUCAUCAGCUCACAAAGCCCGUUUAUUGCAUUACUAUCCACCACCUCCAUCUGGAGACGGCGAUGAAAAUGAUGAGGAUCAGGAUAGCUGGUGUGGAUGGCAUCUCGACCACUCACUUAUUACCGGACUUGUUAGUGCGAUGUACAUGUUCGAGCAGGGCGCCAACUACAAGGCUAUUCCAAAUCCACAUGAACGCGCGGGUCUUUACAUACGUAACAGGGCUAACAACGUCGUUAAAGUGUCUAUACCGGAGAACGCACUUGCUUUCCAAACUGGUGAAGCAUUAGAGUUGUUAACUGGAGGUAAAUUACAUGCGACACCACAUUGUGUCAGAGGUGGUGGUGCUGGACAAGUACGUCUCGAUGGCGCAUUAGGUGAAGUUAGUAGAGAAACUUUUGCAGUUUUCAUGCAACCGGAUGUAUGGGAACAAAUUGGUGGACCUGAAGAAACAUUUGGAACAUUCACAAAAGAGGUUCUAAGAAGACACUACCGUAAUAAAAAGCAAGAAGAAGGUGUCGAUGUCGCUUAUAAGUUUGACGCCAAUGAUCAUUUACCACCGAUUACGGAGCUUACGACUUCAAAUAUAACGAUAAACCUCGAUUGUCAGGAUCCAGCAUUGUCUUAUAAACACAUUUAGAUGUAUGCAUGAAUUUUACAGAACUU